AAAACUGCUCUGGUAAAUAGUUUAAAUGUAUUUGUCCAGAAUGGAGUUUGGAUGUUUCAUGGAUAUGAAUGAGCUCUGUCCUGUCUGUGGGGAUAAAGUGUCGGGAUAUCACUAUGGUCUGUUGACCUGUGAGAGCUGCAAGGUAUGUAAAUACUGUAUUUGUCUAUUCAUUUUUUUGUUUUGGUUAAUACAAUUUAUCUAUGUUGUGCUAUACUCAAUAUACUACUUACCACACACAAUUAAAUUUAGGGGUGUUAUAAUCUAUUUAGUGCAUAGUAUUUACAUGCUGUUCUGCAUGUAAAUAAAUAUCUCUUGGUUUUUGCAGGGUUUUUUCAAAAGAACAGUGCAAAACAAGAAGAUGUAUGUGUGUUCAGAAAACCAGAGGUGCAGCAUUGAUAAAACACAUAGGAAACGGUGUCCAUUCUGCAGGUUCCAAAAGUGUCUGCAUGUUGGCAUGAGACUGGAAGCUGUUCGGGCAAAUCGAGUGCGGGGUGGAAGAAACAUGUUUAGGCCCAUAUACAAGUGGGACCGUGAAAUAAAGCAGCAGAGAAGAGCGUUAAUUCAAGCUCCCAAAUUCACACAAGAGACUCGUGAACCACUGGUCACUCCAACAGACCAGGGAAUCUUCACCCUACCUGAAGAUCAUGUUGCCAGGAGCUCCUCAUUAUUCACAACCAAAAAUGACUGCAUGACUUCAUCGCCACCUCUGCCAGCUCAGCCAGUAUUCAACCAACCUACCACCCUCUUAGCUUCAACAGUGAAUACCGACAACUGUACGAGUACUGCCAACUCAGAGCUAUACUGCACUGUCCUCCAAGGUCCGAGGACGUCUCAGCUGAUGAUGGAAUUCCUUCACUGGGAUCAAGAUGAUCUACAACUGCAGAAAAUUGUUACAACGGUUCUCCAACAGGAACUGAAGAAACACCCGAGUCUCAGCAGCUUUAGCUUAAUGUACCUGAUAGCUGAUCAGCUCCUGUUCACCAUUGUGGAAUGGGCUCGCAACUCCAUACUCUUCAAGCAACUAAAAGUGAAUGACCAGAUUAAGUUACUGCACAGCUGCUGGGCUGAACUGUUGGUCCUGGACAUUGUAUCCAGACAGGUUCUGGAUGGGAAAAAUGAUUGUCUGGUCCUGGUCACUGGACAGAAGGUGCACCUGUCAGACAUGGCCACCUACGCAGAUCCUGUUUUGUCCAGUCUGUUCCAGCGAGGACAAGAGCUGAUUGAUAAGCUUUAUAUCAUUAAAGUAAAGCGACAAGAGUUUGCCUGUAUCAGGUUCCUUACCAUUUUUAACCCAGAAGUAAAAGAACUCCAAGAACAUCAGCUGGUGGUGAAAGUGCAAGAACAGGCUGAAAGAGCCCUUCUGGAGUAUCUACUGUGUACUUGCCCCCAGUACAUGGGUCAUUUUACUAACUUGCUGUCGUGUGUCUCCGAGUUACGCUCCCUAAGCAACUCUGUUGAAAACUAUCUUUUUCUCAAAUACACGACUGGUGAGGUGCCGUGCAACAACCUGCUCACAGAGAUGCUCCAGGCCAAAUAUAGCUGUGCAUAAAUUGGUUGUAUUACAGUACAAUAUUGGGUUGACUAGUAAAGCAUAGUGUAGGAAAGUAAUGAAUGUUACAGCAUAUUUUAUAGCAGAUGGUGUAACAUAGCAUAGCAUAGUAUAACAGCAUAGCAUAGAACAGCAUAGCAUGAUAUACUAAAAUAUAGUAUAGUAUAUGAUAUUAUAGUAUAGUACAGUACUUUAUAGUUUAGUAUAGUACAGGAAAGUACAGCGAGAUUUUGCAGUUUUUAAAUUGACUGUACACUUUACUGUAGUCCACGAAACUUACUUUUAUUUAAUGAAUUUAAUGUAUUCCAGUUCAUGUGAGGCAACAGUACACUUAAACCUCUGCAGUAUGUUUUGUGACGUGUAUUGCUAAUACUAGCUCUACUUUAACAAAAGGCUCAAUCAACAUAAUGCACUUGCCUUAUCUUGUACUGAUGCCCUUUUUGAUGGUAUCCCAUUACUGAGCCUAUUUCCUAACAACCUGGUAGCCCAGCUGGCAGCAUGUUGGCAACCUUCCUACUCUGGCUAGAACAUGGCCUUAUAAGUAAAUACAAACUACGACUGGUACGGAAAAAAGAGAGGAUCUGGUUAAAUAAAAACGUUACCCCUUCAAUAAAGUAAACGGAUAAGAAAAAAAAAGUCUAUAAUGCUACCUAUGAAUAGUAUUAUUGUAAAUAUAAUUACAUUUGCUUGUAUGUGGAUUUGCGAAUCUUACCAAAGGUUCAGUGACAGUGACUGUUUCCUUCUUUUCCUUCUUACAUCAGUCCUUAUUGAAUUGUUACAUACGUAUAAAAAUAUGCCGAACCAACAUAGGAUUUUAUGUGCAAUAUGCCAGAAUUCUAUUAUGUAUUAUUAUUUUUUAUUGAUUUUAAUUAAUUUAGUCAGUCACUCUGACUUCAAAGUUCAAAGACAAUUUAAAUAAUUAUCUAUUUCAGUUAUAUAGUUAUAUAUAUAGUUUUUCCCAGUUAUAUGUGUAUGGUCUUAUGUUAAAGGUUGUCUUUUAAUGUUAUUGUUUUGCCAUUUUGCCUGCCUUUAUGUAUUUCUGUGCUAAUUUAGAAUGAUCUUUUCUCUCCUCUUGGCUGUAUGUCAAAUAUUAGAGAUAUAUUACUUCAGAGAGACAGAGACAGAGAGAGAGAGAGAGAGAGAGAGAAUUAUGGAGGUUAAAUAUACAAAUAAAAAAUAGAUUUUUGUAUUAUCUGUUGGAGGCUUCUCCAUUAAUACUUGUGACAACUUCGUUGUUUGUAUCAUUUACAUUUUUUGUUAGUUGAAUGGUGAACUUUGUUAUCCGUAGCAAUACAACAAUUUUUAGUUUCUGGUAGGUAAUAAUGAUUUUGGAUUAAAAAAAGUCCCUACCACAUGCCAAUUAAAUAAUGCUGUACCGCAUAAGUAAAAUAAAAUAAUAAAUGUUUAUAAUACAUGGCAAAAAAAUCCACUUCGGGCAAAUUCAGACAAAAUAGUACUAAGGGAAAACGUUUUCGUAUUUCGUUCCAUCGUAACACGUACACCACAUGUAUGUCACGUUA